ACACGUCACCGCGCCCGUCUCUCUCUCUCUCUCUCUCUCUUCCUCAGCGCAGACUUUUCUCUCUCUCCGUCUCUCACGCGCGCACCAUGGCCGAGGAUCAGCGCGAGCGCCGCUGUCACGCGCGAGCACACGGGCCGCCGCGCGAGCACGGCCUGAACCUGCAGAAGCGGCAGGCGCGCGUCACGGUGAAGUACAACCGCGCGGAGCUGCAGAAGCGCCUGGACGCCGAGAAGUGGAUUGAGCGCGCGCUGGAGGAGCUGUACGCCGGGGCGGAGGAUGACAUGCCAGACGAGAUCGACAUUGAUGACUUGCUGGUUCUGCAGAGUGACGAAGAAAGGACGCAGAAACUCCAGGAGCUGCUGCAGAGCUGCAGGAAUAACACACAGCCAUUCAUCAGUGAGCUCCUUCAGAUGCUGCGUGGCCUUCACAAACAGGAAGAGCUCCAGAAAGAAGGCAUCGGCCAUCCCUGUCUCCACGGAUACCCCCAUCACCAUCAACCGCGAACCCACCAGACUCUAUAGCAUGUGUCCCAUAUUUUACUGCAGUUGGCUAACUACACCAAACCCCAGACAUCCUUCAUCCACAGGCUGAUAUCGCUAACCUGGUGGCUGAUUCCCUGUACUGAGGCUCACACCCAGUUAAAGCGAUGUAAACCUCUUAACAUGUCUGUGUUAGGGGUUUAUUCUAGAUGUUUUUCCCUAACUACAGGACACAGUGUUAAAUGAAGUAUGCAAUGAUAUACUGUGAGAUUUGACAUGGGGUUAAAAAAAAAAAAACUGACUUGAUGUGGCCAACCAGCCACAAGGGGGAAGCAAUGUACAAUUACAGCCCUAAAAUUGAAAUUGUAUUUAAAGCAUGAUUUGGCAAUAAAACUAUUUUAUUUUAAUGCCACAUGUAGUUGUUUAACCAACUUGCUAAUGUGGCUUACAAAUAAUAACACGCUUCUUUUAAUAGCAGAGAUAUUUAUUGUGCUAUCGUAUGUAACACUUCCAUCUCUCAGGCUCUACUCAAGCAUAAGAGGUGGAUGUCAAGAUGGUGGCCUUUAACAUUUCAUGACAUCAUAAAAUUUUGUUCACGUCUCCAGCUUAAUGGACGUCCUAAAUCUGUCCUGAACAUGUUAAAAGUGUGUUUGUCAUGGCACUGAAAAGCUGAAGGAGUUAAGCUGACUGGUUUAUAGUAUUUGUUAGCCACAGUAGCCUUAAAGUUUGACGUAAAGGUUAGAUGAGAAAAAUAUUGUUCACUGAACACACACUUCAUAUCGAGUGAAAGUAACAUGUAAAUCUGAUUAAAAAAAAAUAAAUUCUAACGGCUCCUUUAAAAUCAUCAGGCAUCAUCUUUAUUGUGGAAGAGUCAAAUGGUAAUAAUAAUAAUAAUAAUAAUAAUCAAAGUGGAUUGAUAUGGAGUGUGUGUGUUUUUUUUAACCCAAUGCAUUUUCAAACUGACUUUUAUAAAUCACUUGUAAAUAGCUCAAAACUAGAUCAAUGAGUUCUUAUGUCACUAAAAGAUAGUGAUUAAUAAUGUUAAUAAAUUGACGUUACAGAAUAAUUUACCUAUAUGUUAACAAUUUAAUAAAGAUAAAAACAGUGACCCUG